CAGGCAGCGUGCCAUACCGCCAUUAGCGUCACAUGGGGCUUGUAGUCUUGUACACUAGCCAUUAAUACGGCUGGUCGCCCAUCCCAUCGCGGGCGCCCCUCUCCGCCUCCGCUUAAAUCCCCCGCGACUCCGCGGUCGUCGCGCACGCACUUGGGCUGAGCUCCGGCCUCGCUCGCCGCCGCCGCCGCCGAGCUGAGCUGAGCUAGCUUUUGUGGUAGUAGCGUGGGUGGUCACUGGGUGUGUAGCUGAGCAGAGAGCUAGCGGGCGGGCGCGUGGGGCCGGGGGGAUAGCUGGUGGUGGUUGGUGGGUGGGUGUGGGUGCGGCCGGCCGGCUUCCGAUCGUGUGGGGUGAUCGAUCGAGAGGGGGAAUGGACGCGAUCAUGUCCGCCGCAGACGACGCGGGCGCAGCGGCGUCUGGCCGCGAGGAGCCGCCGCCCGCCGUCGUGCUCGUGUCCGCCGGCGCCAGCCACUCCGUCGCGCUCCUCGCGGGCAAUGCGCUGUGCUCGUGGGGCAGGGGGGAGGACGGGCAGCUCGGGCACGGGGACGCGGAGGACCGGCUGGUGCCGACGGUGCUGAGCGGCUUCGACGCGCCGGGGAUCACGUCGGUCAUCUGCGGCGCCGACCACACCACCGCCUACUCCGAGGUCGAGCAGCAGGUGUAUAGCUGGGGGUGGGGCGACUUCGGGAGGCUGGGGCAUGGCAACUCCAGCGACGUGUUCACUCCUCAGCCAGUCAAGGCCCUGCAGGGGAUAAAGAUCAAGCAGAUAGCCUGCGGCGACAGCCAUUGUCUAGCCGUCACUAUGGCAGGUGAAGUGCAAAGUUGGGGGCGCAACCAAAACGGACAGCUUGGUCUUGGAACCACUGAAGACUCACUGCUGCCACAGAAAAUUCAAGCUUUUGAGGGAGUUUGUGUGAAAAUGAUUGCUGCUGGCGCCGAACAUACUGCUGCAGUAACUGAAGAUGGUGACCUCUAUGGAUGGGGCUGGGGUCGAUAUGGGAACUUGGGGCUUGGUGAUCGCAAUGAUCGGUUGGUACCUGAGAAAGUAUCUUCAGUGGAGGGAGAGAAGAUGGUGCUUGUUGCAUGUGGAUGGCGACAUACAAUUACUGUUUCUUCGUCUGGUAGUUUGUAUACUUAUGGUUGGAGCAAAUAUGGUCAAUUAGGGCAUGGCGAUUUUGAAGAUCAUUUAGUCCCACAUGAAUUAGAGGCCUUAAAAGAUAGCUCUAUUUCCCAGAUUUCAGGUGGAUGGAGGCAUACGAUGGCGCUUACAUCAGAUGGAAAGCUUUAUGGUUGGGGGUGGAACAAGUUUGGGCAAGUCGGAGUUGGUGAUACUGCCGACCACUGUUUCCCAGUACAGGUUAAGUUUCCAGAGGAACAGAAAGUUGCUCAGGUUGCUUGCGGGUGGAGGCAUACUCUUGCAUUCACAGAAAAGAAAAAUGUUUUCUCAUGGGGGAGGGGUACUAGUGGACAACUUGGUCAUGGUGAAAUAGUUGACAGGAACACGCCUGUGAUGAUUGAUGCCUUAAGCCCGGAUGGUCCUGGCUGCAAGAAAUUAGAACCAUCAACAGCUGUCCCAUUUGCAGCCAAAAUUUGGGUAUCUCCAUCCGAAAGAUACGCCAUUGUCCCUGACGAAAAGGUUCCAAAUUCAGGUGAAGGCACGGCACGCGGCAACGGGGCCGACGCAAACGUGCCAGAGAACGAUGUAAAGAGAAUGCGUGUGCAUUCGUAGGGCUCCUGUCUGUCAUCCAUGGACCUUCUUAGCCAAAAUAGUACACUACCCAAAAUUCCACUGUUUCGCCGUCUCCAUCAAGUUGCUGUCCGAUUUUUGUGCAUCCCGUUCUGCAGAAGUGAUUUCCAUGGACCUCCUCCUUGUGUUGUUGAUGAGCAUGAGAUCCAUAUAUACCCAGCGUUGUCGCAGCAGUCGCUGUCUGUAAUUGAUCACCUUUUAGAGGUGUCUAGCACAACCAACCUGGACCGUUGUCGGCAUGUGUUUUGAAAUGUUUUAACUUCUCUUGGAAGACGCAAUAAGUGUUUUGGUUCUGGUUUGUUCUCA